GUUUACUGUCAUAUAUAUUUCUUUUAGAAUAAUACUCUGACAAGGUUGGUGGAGGCAAGAUGUUGGAGAAUGGUUUUGAUGGAGGCAAGAUGUUGGAGAAUGGUUUUGAUGGAGAGGAAAGAGAGCCUUCUGUGGAUGCCUUUACUAAUGAGGUUGAGGUUGACCCUGCUCAACCUGCAUCUUUGACUUGGCAACGAAAAUUGAACAGUGAAAAGAUUGUUCCAUCGGAGUUCGGUGUAACUAUUCAAGAGAUGAUGCAUAUGGCUCCACUAGGUUAUCGACUAUGGCGAGAUAUGAGAGAAGAAGCCUCAAAAGGACGGAAACCAAUCAUGGAUGUUUUCACUAAGCGCCUGUACACAUCUUGCGAAGGCAUCCCCCUAGGUGGUAUUGGUGCAGGAAGUAUUGGAAGAAGCUACAGAGGAGAGUUUCAACGGUGGCAACUAUUCCCCACUAUAAUUGAAAGUAAACCAGUUUUAGCAAAUCAAUUUUCUGUUUUUGUUUCACGCCCCAAAGGGAAAAAAUUUUCUUCAGUAUUGUGCCCCGGGAAGUCAGAAUUGCUCAAGGAGAGCAUCACUUCUGGGAUAGGAUCUUGGGAUUGGAACCUGAUUGGGCAUAGUUCUACAUAUCAUGCUUUGUAUCCCAGGGCUUGGACCGUAUACGAAGGUGAACCUGACCCAGAACUGAGAAUAGUUUGCCGUCAGAUGUCACCGUUUAUUCCCCACAAUUAUAAAGAGAGCAGUUUCCCUGUGGCAGUAUUUACAUUCACUCUAUUCAAUUCCGGGGACACUAAUGCAGACAUCACCUUGCUUUUCACAUGGGCUAAUUCUGUGGGUGGGGAAUCUGAGUUUUCUGGAAAUCACUCCAACUCGAAGAUGAAGGUGAAGGAUGGUGUGCAUGGAGUAGUUCUACAUCACAGGACUGCAAAUGGACAACCACCAGUAACAUUUGCCAUAGCAGCACAAGAGAAAGCUGAUGUUCGGGUCUCUGCAUGUCCCCAUUUCAUUAUAUCUGGAAAUUCCCCAGGAAUAACAGCAAAAGACAUGUGGCAAGAAAUUAAAGAGCAUGGUUCCUUUGACCACCUUGAUUCUGAUGAAAAACCAGUGCCUACAGAACCUGGAUCAUCUAUCGGUGCAGCCAUAGCAGCUUCUCUGACUAUUGCAUCUCACAGUGUUGGCACUGUUACAUUCUCAAUGGCAUGGGCCUGCCCGGAAGUAAAGUUUUAUAGUGGGAAGACUUAUCACAGGCGCUACACAAAAUUCUAUGGCAUACAUGGGGAUGCAGCAGCAAAAAUUGCACAUGAUGCUAUUCAUGAGCACGGUCAUUGGGAGUCCCAGAUAGAAACAUGGCAGAGACCUAUUCUUGGAGACAGAAGAGUUCCGGAAUGGUACCCUAUCACUCUCUUCAAUGAGCUCUACUACCUUAAUGCAGGGGGAACGAUUUGGACAGAUGGAUCACCUCCAAUGCAAAGUUUAGUAACCAUUGGAGAAACAAAAUAUUCUCUCAAGAAAUCUAGAUCAGACUUCACAAAUACAAUUGAUACUAACCAUCCAAAUGAUACUGCCGUGGAUAUUCUCGAAAGGAUGGCAUCGAUACUUGGGCAAAUACACAGUCCAGUCAUAACAAAUUCUUCUUUUGGAACAUAUUUGCUUCAAAAGGGUGAAGAAAAUAUAGGUCAAUUACUCUAUUUCGAAGGGAAUGAGUAUCAGAUGUAUAACACAUAUGAUGUACAUUUCUACUCGUCUUUUGCAUUAAUUAUGCUGUUUCCAAAACUUGAACUCAGCCUCCAGAGAGAUUUCGCAGCUGCAGUAAUGAUGCAUGAUCCCAGUAAGAUAAAAUUAUUAUCUGAUGGUACUUUGGUCCCAAGAAAGGUCCUCGGUGCUGUUCCUCAUGAUCUUGGAAGGAAUGACCCAUGGUUUGAAGUAAAUGCUUAUAACGUUUAUGACACAAAUAGAUGGAAAGACUUGAAUCCUAAAUUUGUUCUCCAAGUUUACAGGGAUGUGGUUGCUACGGGUGAUAAGUUAUUUGCAAAAGCUGUUUGGCCCUCCGUCUAUAUGGCAAUGGCUUAUAUGGACCAGUUUGAUAAGGAUGGGGAUGGGAUGAUUGAGAAUGAAGGCUUUCCUGACCAGACUUAUGAUGCAUGGUCAGUUAGUGGUGUGAGUGCCUAUACUGGUGGACUUUGGGUGGCAGCCUUGCAGGCUGCUUCAGCCUUGGCACAUGAAGUUGGUGACACUGCUUCUCAAGAUUAUUUCUGGCAUAAGUUCAAGAGAGCUAAGGCUGUAUAUGAGAAAUUAUGGAAUGGUUCUUACUUUAAUUAUGAUGAUAGUUGUGGUAGUUCAAGUGCAUCUAUUCAGGCUGAUCAGUUGGCUGGGCAAUGGUAUGCUCGGGCGUGUGGUCUUUCAACAAUUGUUGACCAUGACAAAGCAAAAAGUGCACUUGAGAAGGUUUACCAUUUCAAUGUCUUAAAGGUGAAGGGUGGCAAGCGGGGGGCAGUGAAUGGGAUGCGACCAGAUGGAACAGUUGAUAUGUCAGCGUUGCAGUCAAGAGAAAUAUGGUCUGGUGUCACAUAUUCUGUUGCUGCAUCUAUGAUUCAUGAAGGCUUGGUUGAAAUGGCAUUUAACACUGCAUUUGGAGUCCAUGAAACUGUCUGGUCCCAAGAAGGGCUUGGAUAUUCUUUUCAAACCCCAGAAGGAUGGAACACCUAUGACCAGUACCGAUCUAUGGCCUACAUGCGCCCAUUGGCUGUAUGGGCAAUGCAAUGGGCCUUAUCGCCACCAAAGCUCUACAAGGAAGCGAAAAGACCAGAAGUGGAGGAAGUUCCAUUGUUUAUGCACAAUGCUGGAUUCUCAAAAGUUGCAGGUCUUCUCAAGUUGCCAGAACUGGAGACUUCUAAAAAAGGCCUACUCCAGGUUCUUUUCGAUUGGACUUGCAGGAGGAUGUGGAUGUGACACUAUUUUAAACAUAAGCUUGUGGAAGUUUCUUGAGUACUUCCUAUUUAUAUCUAUUUCUUUUAGGUGAAUCUAUUGUUGUGGAAGGAAGAUGUUUAUAAAUGCAUUGCAGAAGACCGUUUGAUAUGAAAAACUGUAGAGUUUUUUUUUU